AUGGCAUUCGCUGAGCUCCUGGAGCGAACAGGGGGCAUGGGCCUCUUCCAGGCUCUGCAGAUCUUGACCUUCUUCCUCCCCUCCGUCUUGCUGCCCCCCCAGCUGCUUCUGGAGAACUUCUCAGCUGCCAACCCUGGCCACCGCUGCUGGACCCCCAUGCUGGACAACAGCUCUGAGGUGCCAGCAAACCUCUCCCUUGAGGCGCUGCUGACCAUCUCCAUCCCGACUGACCCCCAGCACGGGCCUAGCCAGUGUCACCGCUUCCGCCACCCGCAGUGGCAGCUCCUGGAACCCAAUGCCACGGCCACCAACUGGAGCAAGGCCACCACGGAGCCGUGCAUGGAUGGCUGGGUCUACGACCACAGCACCUUCACCUCCACCAUCAUCACCAAGUGGGACCUGGUGUGCCACUCCCAGCACCUGAAGCCUAUGAGCCAGUCCAUCUACAUGACCGGGAUUCUGCUGGGAUCCACCACGUGGGGCCUCCUGUCCGACCGGUUUGGGCGCAAGCCGAUGCUGAUCUGGUGCUGCCUGCAGGUGGCCGUGACCAGCACCAGCACUAUCUUUGCCCCGAGUUUCCUCAUCUACUGUGGCCUCCGGUCCAUGAGCGCGUUUGCACUGGGCGGCAUCAUCAUGACCUCCUCAAUGCUCAUGGUGGAGUGGACCCCGACACCCAGGAGGGCUGUCGCCAUGACGAUACUGGGAUGCUUCUACAGCUUGGGCCAGAUGGCCCUGGGCGGACUUGCCUUUGCCCUGCGGGACUGGUGGACGCUCCAGCUGGCCGUGUCUGUACCCUUCUUUGCCAUCUUCCUGGCUAACUGGUGGCUGCCAGAAUCUGCCCGGUGGCUAAUUAUCAUGGGCAAACCAGACAAAGGGCUUCAGGAACUCAAAAAGGUGGCCAGGAUCAAUGGCAACAAGGAAGCCAAAAAGACAUUGACCAUAGAGGUGCUGAUGUCCAGCAUGCAGGAGGAGCUGGCCUCUACCAAGACCCGCCAGUCAUGGCUGGACCUGUUCCACAUGCCCAAGCUCCGCUGGAGACUCCUUGGGCUGCUCGUGGUGAUAUUCUCUGUAACGUUCUCCUACUAUGGGCUGGUCCUGGACCUGCAGAACCUGGGCAGUGACAUCUUCCUCCUCCAAGUCCUCUUUGGAGCCAUAGACUUCCUGGGCCGGGCCACCACCCCCUUCUUGCUCAAGUUCUUCGGCCGCCGCUUCACCAUAGCCAGCUCCCAGUCCACUGCUGGCUUCUUCAUCCUGGCCAAUGUGCUGGUGCCACAAGAUUUUCAGACCCUGCGCGUGGUCUUUGCCGUGCUGGGAAAGGGAUGCUUUGGGGUAACCUUAACCUGCCUCGCUGUCUACAGGACUGAACUCUUCCCAACUUCACUGCGGAUGACAGCAGAUGGCCUCCUGCAGUCGGCAGGCCGACUGGGGGCUGUGAUGGGCCCUUUGAUCAGGAUGACCCGCCAGGCCCUGCCCCUGCUGCCCCCCCUCUCCUAUGGUAUCAUCCCCAUCGCUUCCAGCCUCCUCCUCCUGCUCCUCCCAGAGACCCAAGGACUUCCACUCCCAGACACCGUGCAGAACCUGGAGAGCCAAAAAAGAUCAGCACCAGCGGGGGGUGACCAACGAGAGGUGGUCAAUACAGAAAGCACCUGGUUCUAG